AUGACCGAGGAAAGCCUGGAAAGCACUAGAAUGUCUACUCUAGGUAAAGAUAAACACCACAAAACUACUCCGUCUAUUGUCUAUUGCCUUGGCUUGGCUCUAGCUGGAAUAGUGUUUGGGUUCGACAUAGGAAGUAUUGGAAUGAUAAACUUCCAAACAUAUAGGGACCAAUUCGGCGAUAUUGUAUAUCCAUCAGGAGAGAAAAGAAUUAAUGAAGUUGUGCUUGGUUUAAUUGUAUCAGGUUUCAGCUUAGGAGCGGCCCUGGGGGGUCUUUUACUGCCAAGAUUUGCAGACAACUACGGAAAAAAACCACUUAUUCUCUUUUCUAUGUUCCUCUAUUUCUUGGGUUCACUGACAGUCUUCUGGGCGUGGGUAUGGUGGCAGGUAUUUCUUGGAAGAAUUCUCAACGGUGCAGGAGUAGGAUGCUGCGGUGUCGUUUCAGUGAUGUUGAUCAGUGAACUGUCUCCCCCUGAUCUGAAGGGGCCUUUGGUCUCCAGUUUUCAAGUCUUCACUACUGUUGGGAUUCUUUUUGGAGCACUUGUGAUCUAUCUCUGUAAAAAUGAAAGAAGCAGAUGGCAGUACCGAAUUGGCUUAGUAAUUCAGAUGAACCUGGCCAACAUUGUAGCCAUUGUUACGGCAUUUGUGCCUGAGUCGCCAGUCUACCUGAUCAAAAGUAGGCAAUAUAAUAAGGCACUGAGAUCAAUAGGUAGAAUCAAAGGUCUCUCCCCAACAGAUCAUCGGGUGGAGACCGAGCUGAACGACUUAAGGGAGAGGACUCAACUGGAGUCUUUGAAUAUAGCCCUGAGCGAUCCAAACUCCACAAGCAUACUGAAGGGUGAACCUAGGAUACUGUUUAGAACAGUGAUAGGAACCAUCCUAAUGAUAUUCCAACAGUUAACCGGUAUAAACUACUUUUUCUUCUUUGGAGUGGCAAUCUUUGAAAAUGCCGGGGUGGAAGACCCGUUUCUGACGCCUGUGAUACUUGGAGCUGUCAAUCUAGUAUUCUCGUUCCUUUCUUUAUGGCUGGUGUCUCAGUAUCCAAGACGUUGGCUAUUAAUCAGCGGAAGUUUCGUGAUGAUGAUCUUGAUUUUCAUGUUUUCCACAUGCGGAGUAUUUUUCUUAGACUCAUCAAAUGGAGCAGUGGUGGGCAGCAUUAUGAUCCUUCUGACAUGUUUUUUCAUAGGAGCAUUUGCGUGCACUUGGGGGCCGUUGUCAUUUGUAGUUCUCAGUGAAUUGUUCCCCAUUAGAGUUAGAUCAAAGUCCAUGUCAAUAGCGAGUGCCAUGAACUGGACUACGACAUUUGCCCUGUCGUUAUUGUCUCCCUUGAUCAUCAGAUACAUAGGUUUUUGGUACGGAUACGUUUUUGCCGCUUUCUUGUUUCUGUCAGCAUUCUUCGUUUUCUACUACAUACCAGAGACAAAAUAUGACACCAUUGAGCAAAUAGAUCACUAUUACGAAACAAUGACCACUUUUAACGAAUUCAGCAUCGGAUUCCCCACAAAAACGUUUAAAAAAAGAAACAAGUCUAUUACAGUUAAACAACCAGAAAUUCAGCUACAUGAUGUAUGA